CACCUAAGUUGACUCGAUCCUACUUCGACCAUCUGUCUCCACAUCCCUGCGUGAAAUGAAAUCGAGCAGGGAAUCUCUUCUCGCGGCCCUGCAGCUGCCCUCAGGUCUCGAUGACGAAGAGCUCUCCAGGGCUGUUUCUGACCUCGUAUCUCUCGUAGUGACAGGGGUACAAAGUGCCAGAGUGACGCUUCAAGAGUUGGUCGAUGCAAUUAGAGAGUACGAGGGCACGGAAUACUUGGCCAGUCCUUUCGACCCCUCCGGUUUCAUCCUAUUGAUGCGACCAUUGACCAUCCUUCCCAUCCUGCUGUCUUGUAGCAGUGAUCAUGCCCAGGAGCUGGUUCGUGUCUGCGGGCUAAGCAGCAGCGCCAAGGAAAUAAUGAUUGUGAUACAAGAGGGCAUAGAAGAAUUGCAAUGGUAUUAUCAUGUCGACGACGGGGAGGCACAGGAAAAACCUAUCACGGCGCCUGUACAAAGGCUCAUUGGUUUAACUGUGCUAUGCACGACAGCGAUUCCCCGACUGAGGCUUGGGAAGAGAACUCCCUUUCAACUUGCCGGCCCCAUUGUUUUGGACAUUCACUCCCUCGUACCGUUCGCUGCUCAAGAGGCCACCCAACAUGAGGGUCGUUUGUUAUUGCGCGAGGUUGCUCGUUUAGUCAGAGCCCUCCAACCCUGGACAUCGGCCUCUGCCUCCCAAGAUGACCUUGGACAAAUGAAGAAAUCGCUUCGUGAUCUCCUUGAUACUACGGUCGUAGCGUGCGUAUCCUCGAUACAAGCUUCCCUCUCCGUUAGGGAAUUUGAGAGGUUGUUUCCGCGCUUGAUUGUGAAAUCUGCCCUCCAAAAAGGCUGGGAAGAUGGGCAACGGGUUAUGACAGAAAUCCAAGAUGCUCUAACAAUUUUGGGCACCCCUCCAGAGCUACCUGAGCCAAAAUCAACCAGCGACUUGAUAUACCUCGCGCAUGCUGAGCCUGUUGUUCCCUUGUCUUUGGCGAACUUGACCCAGCUUCAUCCAGGAACGUUGCCAGCAGAUGAAACACUCUUCCUUUUGCUCCGGUUGCUGGGGCCAGAAAGUUCACGCUCUGACGCUACUGAAAUUCCCCCAGAUAUUGCGGAGUCUCUUUGCAGCGUUCUUUCGGUUUUAGCUAGCACUCAUCUCGGAUCCUUCACCAGACCAGUCAGACUCGAUGUCCUACUAAGAUUAACCACUGACGAGGAAUUCCCGCAAAUGCGCUGUGCGGCAGUAGGACUGCUCAAAGAAGCCACUCUUAGCGCGCUUUCAUCUCCAGAUCGCUCCACGGAACGGAACCCAUUUGCAUCGUCAACGUUGCUACGUGCCUUUGGACCCGUGUUGUUCAAAACCAGCCCCCCGGAUUUCCUUAUACUUAGUCACACUAGAGAAGAACUGGAGCGUUCCGUUGAGCUGCUACGAAUCAAUGACUGCCUUUCAUUCUAUUAUGUGCUCCUGCUAAGGGAUAGGGAAAAUAGCACCGGGGUCCGUGACCCGGAUAACAUUGUAAGCGUCGAAAGAUCCUUCCUUCGUCCGUUGCAACGGUUCCUCGAGCAGUGGGUUGGCAUGCAAGAGGAACCCUUGAUGUCUCUUCUUUCUCUUCAGGUGAAUCUGGAGCGAGUAGACGCCGCUGUCGCUGGCAUCAAAGGGAUUCCCAAAAACGAGAAAAGUGAGGGUGCUUGAUUACUUACAAGCGCCCAGUUCUCGCCGCAAACGUCCCCACGUAAAUUCCCUUGAUUGUCCCCUGGGCGUUUCCACUGAAAACGGUGCCUGGCACUUAUCUGGUGUGAGCCGGGGAAAUGCGUGCCUGUACUAGUUUCGCCAUUCCGUUAAUUAGACGAUACCCGAAACCUCUACUGUAUUGACGAGUUUCGUUUGGUGUGGCAUGACCGUGGAGUGGCGCGUACUCUGUAUUACCUUGGCAGCCCU